AUGCGGGGCCCCGGCGGGCGGCUGCUGCAGGCGCUGCCCCGGCUCCUGCCGCCCGCGGUGCUCCCGGGGCUCCCGGGGGCGCGCGGGGCCGCGGGCGGCGGGCGGGGGCGGGGGCGGCGGGGGCGGGGCCGGGGGCGGGGCGGGGCGGGCGCGGCGGCGGCGGCGGCGGCGGCGGCCUCGGCCUCGGGCGUGCUGCUGGGCGCCUGCCUGGAGCGGCCCGGAGCGCCCGCGGCCUCGGAGCUGGCGGCGCCGGGCGGGGCCUCGGCGGGCGGCCCCGGGAGCGGCGGCGCGCUGGGCGGCGUGGCGGAGGCGAGGGGCUGGCGCUGCUGCUGCCCGGGCAGCACCUGUUGGUGCCGCAGCGCCGCGCUGGUGUGCGUGCUGGCCGCGCUGUGCUUCGCCUCGCUGGCGCUGGUCCGCCGCUACCUGCAGCACCUGCUGCUCUGGGCCGAGAGCCUCGACUCGCUGCUGGGCGUCCUGCUGUUCGUCGUGGGCUUCAUCGUCGUGUCCUUCCCCUGCGGCUGGGGCUACAUCGUGCUCAACGUGGCGGCCGGCUACCUGUACGGCUUCGUGCUGGGCAUGGGGCUGAUGGUGGUGGGCGUCCUCAUCGGCACCUUCGUCGCGCACGUGGUGUGCAGGCGCCUGCUCGCCGCCUGGGUGGCCGCCAGGAUCCAGAGCAGCGGCCGGCUGAGCGCCGUGGUCCGCGUGGUGGAGGGCGGGAGCGGCCUCAAGGUGGUGGCGCUGGCCAGGCUCACCCCCAUACCUUUCGGGCUCCAGAACGCCGUGUUCUCGAUUACUGAUCUCUCCUUACCCAACUAUCUGAUGGCAUCUUCGGUUGGACUGCUCCCUACUCAGCUUCUGAAUUCUUACUUGGGUACCACCCUGCGGACGAUGGAAGAUGUCAUUGCAGAACAGAGUGUUAGUGGAUAUUUUGUUUUUUGUUUACAGAUUAUUAUAAGCAUAGGCCUCAUGUUUUAUGUAGUUCAUCGAGCUCAAGUGGAAUUGAAUGCAGCUAUUGUAGCUUGUGAAAUGGAACUGAAAACCUCUCUGGUUAAAGGCAAUCAACCAAAUACCAGUGGCUCUUCAUUCUACAACAAGAGGACCCUAACAUUUUCUGGAGGUGGAAUCAAUAUUGUAUGACUCUAAUGAAAUGUAUGAUUGUCAAGAGCUAGUGUGCUGUCCAAGGUCUAGUGGUCACCUUACUCUAGUGGGCAGAGACAAGUUCUAAUUGUAUUACGGCACAAACAAAACUGACUAGUUUUUAAAUUGCACAAUUUUUUUAAAGGAAGAUCAUUUUCUGGAUAUGUAAGUGUAAAUGUAGAUGCAAAUAUGGGCUGCACCUCUUGAUCAUUUAUUAUGCCCUCAAUGGCCUAUAGGUCUGCACUUUAGUGUUUUUUUAAUUGUUUUCUUUCUGGGUACUUAUGAACAGAGAAAUAACCCAAAUAUUUUUCUGCCUAGUGUCUUUAUUUAUAAAGUCCAUGAAUAUUAGUUGUAAGCAUCUUCCCUACUUAAAAUGAUGAGUAAAAGUAUAUACUUUUAAAUGUAUGAUAUUAUUUAGAUGUUCUUUGUCCUUUUCAGAAAAUGUAGUGGUUUUUUUGUUUUGCUUUUUGUUUUAAAUGGGACCACUUUGCUUCCAUUUUCCAGACUAAGUUAGAAAUAGACAUUAACUUUUGGUUGAAUGUAUUUUUGCAAGCAUCAUUGCAGGGCCAUUUACACCUAUUCACACAAGCUUAAAUCCUACAUUGUGGGACUGAAGUGCUCUUAAGAUACUUUUUAAUUUUCACUGUGUAAUAUGCAAAGCAAAAGGGAAAUCAUUUAAUGGGUGGUGGCUCAAAUUAGAACCCAUGUUCUAACUUCAUUUCAUCGGCUUUACUCUCCUUAGAUCUUUCAUCAAAGGGCUGUCCCAUUGCAGUCUUACUAAAAAGUUUUAGUAAAAUAAACUUCUUUUUCUUUUUAUAUUCAUCAUUAGGCUUUGAGAUAAAGAUUUUUUCCUUUAAAAUGAUGGGCUUACCAUCAUUGAAGAUGUCACUCAGGUGGCCUUGUUUGAUCAAAUCGCCUUUUUAAAAAAACCAAGCUUUAAAAUCAUGUUUAUAAGUCCACUGAAUUACAUAUAUGUCCCCAUAGUCUUCAGCUUUAAAACUAUAACGUUAAUACCCAAAUUUGUAUUAUUUGCCCUACAAUAAGGUAGGUUUAUUUGAUUUGUUUUUUGGUACUUGUUUUUCUCUGAUAAGACUCAGGAAUUCUGAAAUGUGAAAUUAAGUCUCAAUUCUUUCUCUUGUAGCAUGAAUUGAGUGUAUUUAUUAGUAGCACUUAGGACUAUAGCAUACAAUAAUUUGGCAUAUGAUUAAUAUGACCUAUGUAUUACUCAUAUAUCACCUUGUUUUUAAAAUGGUUUAAUUGUGAACUUGAUUCAUUUUUUUACAACCCAGAUUAUAGAUACAAAUGCAAAUUUUCCGGUUGGUAUCUCUUUUUUUUUUUGCCAUGAAAAUUCCACCUUAUCAGAGACCUCCCAUUUGCCUUUUCUUUUCUUUUUCUUUUUUUUUUUUUUUAAGAUUUUAUUUAUUUAUUCAUGAGACACACACAGUGAGAGAGAGGCAGAGACACAGGCAGAGGGAGAAGCAAGCUCCACGCAGGGAUCCCAAUGCGGGACUCGAUCCCGGGGCUCCAGGAUCACUACUUGGGCCAAAGGCAGGCGCUGAACCGCUGAGCCACCCAGGGAUCCCCCAUUUGCCUUUUAUUAGGGUAAAACCUUUGCCCUGAUUUAUUAAAGUGCAAAAGAAUUCUUUGGAAGCAGAGUAUUCUAGUCUUCUGCUAGAGACACAUUGCACUCGAUAAUUUUAACGCGUAAGUUUUUUGCUUGAUUGCAGUUAUAAUUGUUUUCCUUUCCUUCAUCAUGUAUAACUUUUCUCACCUUUGGGUCACAGUGAAGUUCACUGAUAUGUCCACAUCAAGAAGAACUCAGUGCACCUGAUCCGAGAGUCUACAGUAGUUAAUUGGCCUCCAAAUCCUUCUUUCUUUCAUUGAUAGAAAAAAAAAAAUAAGAUAUUAGAAUAUUCUUAUUCUUUUUUUUAUCCUAAUUAUUUUUAUUUUUAAAAGUAACUUUAGUUUAAUAAUCUCAAUGAACAAUAUGCUUGAUUUAUUCUUCUUUGCCUAACCUUGACAAUAUUUUUCUUGUGCUUCUUGUUUGUUGGUUAGUUUUUGUUAGAGGAAUCAUUUAAGAUCAUUCCUUUCAGACUUGUGUUACACUUCAUGUAUUUUGAAGUGCAUUUAUUUACUUAGCAUUUUGUAACUUGAAUAAUUUCACCAAAUAAAUACCUUUUGGUAGUUUGUAAUGAGUUCUUCCAAUUAUUGCAUUUUGCUUCAUACUUAAAUAUAUAAAAGGUAGAAGAGAAAUAAUUUUUCCAUAUGCUGCCAAUUAUAAUUUUAUAUAAUAAAAUCAUCCAUUUUUACUUAAAAUAGUAUGGAUUUACUAUUUCUAAAUUACUAAUGUAAAGCUGCAGUUUUCCUUUUCUUGAUUAUUUCUGGCCUCCAGGUAAACAGCAACCUAUUAUAUUCAUGUUAUUUGAUAGCUGAAUUUGGUUACUGGGUAUUGGAUGUGCUCUCUAUAAAUUUUAUGAAGCAUUGCCAUGCCUUAUUCACCCCAUCUUUAACCUUGCAUCCCAGAUUUAUGGCAGUAACAGAUUUUACAGGUUCCUUUUAUGUUGCCCAAAUAAUGCCUCCCGUUAUAGAGUGUGUAUUUGUAAAAUAAAAUGUUUUUAUUUUGCAGUAUGAAGUUGUUUUAUGCACAUUUUAAAAAGCAUACAACAUACCUAAUUUCUAAAUCUGAUGAAAGAUACAUUCCAUUUUUAACUCUUUUGGGCCUUUUCCUUAGUUUCCAUAUAUUUUGGUUUAUUGUUAAAUGUUUUUGUUUACUCUGCCAAAUUUUGUCAUGUAAAUUGUUUUUAAAGAGCACAUCUUUUUAAAACGUGUACAUAAUUUACUAAGUGCUUUCACGUCCAUUUUCAUUUGAUCAUCUGAUUUGUGAAAUAACUUGAAAUCUGUACCCUUUGGUUUAUGAAAAUAAUAGAACCAGAUCUCUGUCAUUAGAACAUGUGUUUUGAGUUUGUGUUCAAAAGUGACUGUGUGGAUUUAUCCAGAGCCAGCCAUACUCGUUUUAUGUACCUCGUAACCAACUGCAAACCUUCCUAAGAUGACUUUGCUUUGAUAGGGUCAGAUAUGACUCUAAAGUUUUAUUUCUCUCCUUGAGAGGCUAAGUUCAGUAGUUUCUCUUACUUAUCCUUGCUGUCACUGAGCUAAGUGGUACAGCUUCCAGCAAGUCCCAGCAGUUCUGUGUGUGUUAAAUGUGCGACGCUGAUUUGGACUGUUCCUGGGGAAGGUGCUAUGUAUGGCUUACUUAUGUCAAAAUUUGUGGGACUAGCUUUAGAAUGCUUGAGAAAGUAGCUAGGUUAUCUGCCAGGGUGAUACGGGCCAGUCUUUAGAUGCAUGGUAAAUCCAUGCUAUUCAAAAGCAAGUGGCAUUCGCAGAGAAAAAGAAAGGUUCAUGAGGACCUCAGGAACAGUGAUACUGGCCUAGGUUGAUGACUUCAGUGAUGGAAUUUUGUUUCGGAGGCCCCUCACUUAUCAGAACAAUAGCUAAAAUAACACUCUCUGGUUUUUAGAUUGGACAUUGCUGAUUUCUAUUACAAUAAGCUAUAUAGGAUAUAAUUCUUUUAAAGCUCAUCUCUUUUUAAAAGCCUUUAAAGAAGGGAGAGGAAUCACCUGUGUCCACAGAAUAUUUGAAACUCAGGAGUUCUAAUAACUUUGCAUAUUGAACAUGAACUGUUAAUUACACAACUAAAUUAUAACUUGGUACUUCUAAAUUGCUGAGUGAUUGCUGCAAACUAUUUUCUACGAUACCAGAAGAUUUAAAAUAGAUAAUUCGAAGGGUGAUAAUUGAUAUCCCAGAUCACUUGUGUGCCUGAGAAAAUAAAAGGUGAUAUUUUA